GUACCUUAAUAAAUAGGUACUUUUCCGGUUCUGUUUAAUGUAAUUACUCUGUGUUACCUAUGUGAUUUUAAAUUCUCUUUGCUUCACUUCGUACGUGGAGUCGUUUUACACGUAGUUUUUGUAUUUGUGUGUAAAAUAGUUUAAGUUGGCAGCGAAAGAGAUACGAGUGCUGUUCAUGAAACAGCUAACAUGAAACCCGAGAACCAUGAAUGUCGCGCUUGUCUGCAGGCGAUUGACAGUGUUAGUUUAUUAUUCGAACCUUGGUCACCAGAUUGGGAUGGAAUGGAAAAUACUAUAGCGGAAGAUUUGGCUAAAAUUGCGAACAUUCAGGUUUCAGAAUCGGAUAGACAUUCCAAGUUUAUAUGUCAUUUGUGCGUUAACCAAUUGAAACAAGCUUGUCAAUUUAUAUUGUUAGUCCAAAGAAAUGACAGAAUAUUGAGGUUGAGAAAUACGCAAGGAAAUGAUGAGGUAUGGCCAAAACCUAUACAGGUAGACAAGAACAUUGCUUGUGAUAAUUUUUUACAAGUCGACAUCAAACAAGAGGUACUGUCUGAUGAUGAACAAAGUUACAAUAAUGAAGAAUACACAGAGACAGAAUAUAUCAAUCAACAGUUAGACAUUAAAGUGGAACCAGAAGAAAUUGUACAGCCUAGUUUACAAAUUAACAUUAACGGUGUUUCUUCAUUACAAGAAGUCGAGAAUGAAAAAGUAACAACCCAUAAUGGAGAAGUACAUUAUGAUGAAGAGUUCUUAAAUGCGAAAGUGAAGGAGGAGCCAAUGAGUGAGACAGAAGACACAGAGUCAAUGCCUAGUGAUCUACCUCUGGAGUGCUUGCUCUGUACUAGAAGUUUCAGCAGUAUAUCAGGUUUAAAGGCCCAUGUGAUUGCACAACAUUCCUAUAAAUCUGUAAAGAGAAAAGUUUCCGGCAGUUCGCCACAGGAACUGCCGAAGAUGAAGUAUAUGUGUGCCAUUUGUAAAAGAAUAUUCACAACAUCGACUGAUUUAAUGGUGCAUGAAACAUGUCACAAUAAAGACGUAUGUUACGUUUGUAACGCUAAGUUUGACUCGUUUGAUAAGCUCAGUGAGCAUAGAAAAAGAUGUAAGGCUCUCUCGAGUAAGGAGACAACAAAACCGAAGACUUUAGACGAUGUUAUCAGGCAUUCGGCAGAGGAAGACUUGACGACCGCACCUUCAAAAGAUGUGUUAAAAAACGAACUUCCAAAAGAAGCGGUAAUAAAAGAUGAACCUUCAAACGAAAAUGUGUUAAAAAGUAAUGAUUCUACAGAAACAUUGUUUUGUGAAAUGUGUAAUGAACAGUUCAGUGACUCUUACUAUAUGAAGAUACACCAGGAAAUACAUCACAAUAAAGAGACUGUCGAAACUGAUAUAAAAGCACCUGUACCUAUGUUAGAAAUGGACACAUUAGAAAAUAUAUUCAAGGAGGACACUUAAUAGAGAUAAGGUAAUUAGUUGAUGUAAUUUUUGUAUAUAAUCGUCAUUCGUAAACUUUCUUCUGUAAAAUUAUAUUAUGCGAAUUUUGUACCAGUUUGAUAAAAUCAAAAAUUGAGCAUAUAUUAAUUAUUUCUAUUUAUGUACUUCAGUUAAGUGCAUCAACUGAAAAAAUAAAAAUUAUUUUUAGUAUAUAUCAAUUAAUAUUUUGAGACGCCCUAUUAUAAUUAAUGAUAGCCUUUUUCUCAUGGCACCGGCCAAGCCUAGUUAUAGUUCAUUCCUAAGGAAGGUGAAAAACGGAUAUAAAUAAAUAAUAUAAACAUAAAGUAACAGAGUUGAAGCUAACAGAGUUGGUGUGUAUGUAAUAAUUCUUUUAACUCUUAUCAACAUGCCUUUGUUUUUUGCAACUCAGCAAUAAAUAAGGUUACCCCAAGAAAUUUUAUAUUCACUAUUGAUUUGAACUGUACUGUAAAGGGGUCACUCACAAGUUACGUCAUACAAUACUUUUUUCCCCUGUCUCUGUUUCAGUCAUUUUGAAGUCGGUAACAUUUGUGCGACUACCCUCUUCUCCCUUCGACGGGUGAACGUAAUUUGUGAAUGACCCCAAACAUAUUAAGGUUUAUAUUAUAAAAAUUUAAAUUAAAUAACAGGCAGAAUUUUACACAAUUCAGUAUAACAUUAUGUGCCUGAUUGAGUAAAGAAAAUUUGUGCUAUAUAAAGUUCUAAACAACAUAAGAGUACCUUUUGACAGUUCAAUAGUUUAAAGCAAAAUACUGUUUAUGCCGUAGGAAUAAAAGUCAACAAAAUUACUAUGGAGACAUUUUACUGAUAUUGUUAAAGGAAAAGUCAUCUGUAUAAUAUACUUUAUAAAAAAGGUAUCUGUUAUAUUAGGUAGACUUUAGUAGACAAAUGGACCGUUCCUUCUCCGAAGUGAACGUUAUCUAAGUCAGUUUUUUUAAUAUCAGAGACUAAAUUGACAUUUAUUAUAUUAUUGUAAUUCUUAAAUAGUGAUGUGCCUCAACCGGACUACAAACGAAAAAGUAUACUAGAUUACCGUUUUUUUUUACAAGUCACAGAUAAAAUGUGUACCAUCACAAGCACCCACUUAAGACGUAAAUUAUAGUAUGGUACAGUCUAUUUAAAAAGACAAUAGGGAUGAUGAUUGGGUAAAAAAAAGAAAUUUAUUUAGUCCGUCAGUCAG